AUGCUGGCCAUUCGAGCUCUCCGAACUCCCGCCUCCAGGCAAGCCCUGCGCACUGCUGCCCCCCGCGCUGCCAUUUUCUACAACCGAUGCUACUCAACCUCUGGCGACCGUGUUGCCAAGUACAACGGAACCAAGGAUGCCAAGGGCAACUUCUUGGUCAGCUUGAUUGAGGGUGACGGUAUCGGCCCCGAGAUUGCCCAGUCCGUCAAGGAAAUCUUCGCCGCCGCCAAGACCCCCAUUGCUUGGGAGCCUGUCGAUGUCACUCCCAUCAUCAAGGACGGCAAGACCGCUAUCCCUGAUGCUGCCAUUGACAACAUCAAGAAGAACAAGAUUGCCCUCAAGGGUCCUCUCGCUACUCCCAUUGGCAAGGGCCAUGUCUCUCUUAACCUUACCCUCCGCCGAACCUUCAACCUCUUCGCCAACCUGCGACCUUGCCGCUCUGUCGCUGGCUACGAGACUCCCUACGACAACGUCAACACCGUCCUGAUCCGAGAGAACACCGAGGGUGAAUACUCCGGCAUUGAGCACGUUGUUGUCGAUGGUGUUGUCCAGAGCAUCAAGCUCAUCACCCGUGAGGCUUCCGAGCGUGUCCUCCGAUUCGCCUUCCAGCACGCCGAGUCCAUUGGCCGCAAGAAGGUCCGCGUCGUCCACAAGGCCACCAUCAUGAAGCUCUCCGACGGUCUCUUCCUCAAGGUCGCUCAGGAGGUCGCCAAGGACUUCCCCGGCAUUGAGUUCGACGCCGAGCUCCUCGACAACAGCUGCCUCAAGAUGGUCACUGACCCCACCCCUUACAACGACAAGGUCCUUGUCAUGCCCAACCUUUACGGUGACAUUCUCUCCGACAUGUGCGCCGGUCUGAUCGGUGGUCUCGGUCUCACCCCCUCCGGAAACAUCGGUGAUGAGUGCUCCAUCUUCGAGGCCGUCCACGGUUCCGCCCCUGAUAUCGCUGGCAAGAACCUUGCCAACCCCACUGCCCUUCUCCUCAGCUCCAUCAUGAUGCUGCGACACAUGGGUCUUAACGAGCACGCCACCCGCAUCGAGAAGGCCAUCUUCGAUACCCUCGCCGAGGGCAAGGCCCUGACUGGCGAUCUUGGCGGCAAGGCCAAGACCAACGAGUACGCUGCCGCCAUUAUCUCCAGGCUGUAA